UACGGCGGCUUUACGAAAAGAUGGUAAAAUUAAGUGAACAGGAUGCUGGCAUUUUUAACAACGACGAGGAAACCCACAUGACGAGAGUCAUGGAGGGGAAACAUUCUUUUAUCAUAUAUAAAUCCAGUGCAGAAACAUACAUGGCUGACGACUGUCUCCUUGCACUUAUUGGAGAACCUGUAAGUUGGGAGUAUGAAGAGAUAACGUUUGGAGUACUGAAAGGAUCCCCACUGAAGUCGGACUUUGAAAACAUUAUGUACACUCUGAAAGAGAGCGGUAUGCUGAAUAUUUUGUGGACGAAAUGGACCACUGGUGGCAAGACCACUGGCCAAUGUGGAGUAGACAGAAGAGGCAAAUCCAUCACAAUGAGAGAGAUUGAAGGAGUCUUGCUUGUGAUUGGUGGAGGACUGGGGCUAUCAUUUUUAGCCAUACUUGUAGAAAUGUGUGUACACCGUCUUCGCAAAACUUCACACUUUUGAAUAUAUUUACAUAAAUUAAGGAAA